AUGAGCAACGUCGCCCUCGCUGGUUCACCGCCCAAGUCGACCCGCGGCGACAGAGACCUGUCUACCGUCGCCGAGCAGAGGACGGAGCCGAGCACCCCGGCGAGGUCUGCCUCACCCAAGAGCACCGCUGCUGCACCUGCAUCUGCACCUGCACAUGAAGAUAUGCCAGACCACAGCCACCAGUGCAGAGAGUGCCGGGCAUCCUUCUGCCAGCCUCUCAGCUGUGGUCACAUGUACUGCGAUGAGUGUCUUCCACCACCCCGCCUGUCCGGCUGUCCUGAGUGCAGACGCCAAUCGAUUGCAAAUCGGCCACCUGUCCAGCCAUCCCAGCCAUCCCAGCCUGUACCUCAACCCGAACCAAAGUCCAAUCACGAUAUCGAACGCGACACGACGUUCAAUCCUCCAGGCGACAAACGUCACCACAACACCCUCAAAUACAUUGCGGCGAUUUUGACGAUAUGGUUACUUCUUGAGGUGGUGGUGUUGACUCUUGCAAUCUUCGUGCUGCGUGGACGCAUCACGAACUCAGCGGCCCCCUGGAACAGGGACUAA